AUGUCUCCCCCUACAUCAGCGAAGGCUGCUGCUGCAGCAGCAACAGCAGCAGCAGCAAAACAAAGGGGCCCCCGUGGGGGGCCCCCAGGUAUAUCUCCCAAGGGAAGAAAACAUGAAGGGGGAGAGGAGGACCAGACCCCUGCUGAAGCAGCAGCAGCAGCAGUUAUAGAUAUUCUUGUUGCAGCAGGAGCAGCACUCCAUAACAAAAGAGCAGCAGACAGACACUGCUUCGCUUUUGCUGCUGCAGCAGCAACACAAUCUCUCUUAGAUAUCCUACGCCUUUGUCACAUCACCAUAGACCAAGGUGAACCCACUGCCAACAACCAAACACCCCAGGGGGCCCCUCAAGGGGGCCCCCAGGGGGCCCCCCAGGGGGCCCCCCAGCUCUCUUCACCAGCUGGGGCCCCCCAACGAGUCUCCUUUCUAGGGGGCCCCCAGGGGGGCCCCCAGGGGGCCCUGCUGGACGCUCUCCAAGAAUGCUCCCCACCAGCGAACCCGCAGGGGGCCCCCCAAGGGGGGCCCCCACCAGGCGCCCUCCAGGGGGGCCCCCCAGGGGCCCCCCCACCAGGGGGCCCCCAUGGGGCCCCCCUAUCAGGGGCCCCCCAAGGGAGCCUUCAGGGGGCCCCCCAGGGGGGGCCCCAGGGGCCCCUGUUGUGGGAUAUACCGCCAAUGCCUAGCCCAGGGGCCCAGGAUAGCUGGGCCCCCGGUUGCUGCGGCAUAAAGCCGUUGACAGCUGAGCUGCAGCAGCAGCUAGCAGCAGCAGAUAGGGAGAGAGAAGAAGCAGCAGCAAGAAGAGGAGCGCUGCUGAGGAAGAGAGGCGCAGCAGCAACUAUGAAACCACCGCAACGUGCUGCAGCAGCGUAG